CGGACGACGUUCCUUAAAGGGAUUGCUUCUACUUUAAUUCUUGAUUUUGUUUUAUUUUAUUCUUUGUGCUUUCAAAGUAAUCGAGCUUUUAGUCGGAUAAGUACGUAGGAUAUAUAUUGGUUAACAUAGGUUACAUAGCUUUAUACAAUUGUGAUUACGGUCUUAAUUUUAGGAGAGACUAACAACCAGGAAAGUUUCUUAUCAAAAUGGUAAUCCAUUCAGAUGCUACAAGCUCGAAUCAUGACUAAUUCAAAGAUUAAAAAGCAGAAAUAAAUCAUAAAGUUUAGAAAAAUUUCAAAAGUUUUUCUUAAAUAUUUUUUAAAAAUUAUUGACUAAAAUGUUAAUAAAUCUAAUAAACUACACGUGAUCGUAAGUAUUUGUGUAAAAGCUUAUAUCGUUCAUUAGUACCUCCCCGUAUAUAUAUACAUACACUUGCGGAAGGGGAAAAUGGCUAUAUAGCCUAUAAAAAUAGGCUAUAUCAAGUUAAUAGUCUCUAUUUUGUUUAAUAAAAUAGAUAACACUUUUUUUGUUGAUAUGAAGUCCGUAGAACUUUAAAUAAUAAAUAUCAUAGCUAACCUUCGUUCCUCAUCAUGUUUACAAAUAAGGUGGAUUCUAUGGUACCCGUAAGGUAUCAUACCUUUAUCCACUUGGACCAAUGAGAAUGUUGAAGUUGAAGUAUUUAAGGAGCCUGCUACGGUACCUUUGCAAUUUUAGAGGUACCAUACCUUUGCUUGAGUGGCCAAAUAAUAGAUAGACAAGUGGACAUAUAAAACACAUAGACAUAUGACGAGGCAAUCAGUUUAAGAAAAAGAAAUUUUGCACUUUAGUCCUCGAAUAGAUGUACGGUAAACGGCAUCUUCAAUGCUAACGGAGACGUCUAAUCCCUACCCGUUCACUGCUCUCCACAGCAACCGACGAAAGAAGUGCCUUGCCGUCGUUGGCGGAAAGAAGUGCCUUGCCGUCGUUGGCGGUUUCCUACUCUCCACCGCAGGUCCCCAGCGUCCAACGAAGUACUUAGGGGUUUCCUGCUCACCACCGCAACCACAGAAGAAAGAAGAAACGGCUUAUCCUUCUCUUCAUCGCAGCCUAAGAGCACCCAGCCGCUUUUCACGGACAUCACUUGUCCGCCCAAUGAAUUGAGAAUUUCGACGUGUUUGAAGGAUUCUCUUCAACAUAUUCUAGGAAAUUCGUCAUUGGAAAAUGUCAGAACAUUUUGAAGAACACGAAGUAGAUUUUGCUAAAGACGUAGGCAAUGGUUCGAUUGUUGGUAAUUUCCAUGGUGAUGGACAAUUGCCUGAGGGUUAUAAAAAAAUUUGUGAUCUGACACCGGUUGAGAUUAAGAGACUCGAAUUCGACUCUGAGGAUGAAGUUUAUGACUUUUAUUCUUGUUAUGCUCAAAUUAAUGGGUUUUCUAUCCGAAAAGAUGAUGUGCGUCGUGCAUCAAAUAACAAUAUCGUCAUGAGGAAAUUUGUUUGUAAUCGGGAGGGAUUGAGAAGUAAGAAGCACAUUGAAAGGAACGACCGUGUUAGGGAGCCAAAAGCUAUGACGCGGACAAAUUGCAUGGCACGACUUCGCGCAGAGUUCGAUAAUCAUAAAAGAAAGUGGAUAGUUGUUGAUUUUGAGGAUACUCACAAUCAUGAGAUGACCCCAUCACAAUAUAUCCAUUUAAUGCCAGCUUACAGAGGCAUUAGUGACGACAUUAAAGCACAGGUGGAUAGUUUACAGUUGCAUGGAGUUCGAACUUGUCAUAUCAUGGGGCUGAUUAUUGGUCAAAAGGGUGGGCACGCCGAUGUUGGGUUCUGCAAGAAGGAUUUGUACAAUUACAUUGAUCAACAAAAGAGAGCUAAGAUAAAUGAUGGCGAUGCAUUUAGUGCUUUAUCUUAUCUCCAAGCCAAAGCAGACAGUGAUAGUUUUAUGUUUUCUAAGUUCACAACCACAGAAGAGGGGAGACUCGAUAACUUGUUUUGGUCGGAUGGUGUAAGCAGGCUUGAUUACCAUUGCUUUGGAGAUGUUGUUGCUUUUGACACUACGUACAAAAAGAACAAGUAUAACAAGCCUUUGGUUAUUUUUUCUGGGUACAAUCAUCACGGCGAAACAGUUAUCUUUGCGUGUGCCUUAGUAUCCGAUGAGAAGACAGAAACAUACAAGUGGCUUCUGGAAACUUUUUGUGAAUGCAUGUUUGGUAAACACCCUAAGGCAGUUGUCACUGACGGAGAUGGUGCGAUGCGUGAAGCGAUUAGGGCAGUGCUUCCGAGCUCCUUUCAUAGGCUUUGUGCUUGGCAUCUUCACAAAAAUGCAUGCGAUAAUGUUAAGAACUCACGUUUUCUAGAAGAUCUUAAUCCUCUAAUUUAUGGUAACUUUAGCCCUGAUGAUUUUGAAAGCAAGUGGAAGAAGACCGUUGAUGAACAUUGAUGUGAGUUUUCUCGCACUUAAAAUGGUUGUAGAAAAGUGGUGUAAGUACGAGUAUCGUCUCCACAGGGACGGACAAAAGGGAAUUAAGAAUUAACUAAAUUCAGCGAUUAAAAAGAAAAUAAAAUAAAAGCGUCGUGCGAGAUUGGUUGGUUUGGAAAAUAAAACUAAUGCGAACAAUUAACCUAGGGGGUUCUUUCUAAUUAAUGACGAAGGGAAUAGGGAUCGAUUCCGGGGUAACCAGAUUUCUGGCAGAUCAGGCCUAAUUACAUGAAAUUAAUUUAAUUGAGCCUAGCUAAUCAUUACUAAGUUCUUACCGCUCUCGCGGCGUAGAGUACAAUAAUUUAGGGGACCAGGCUGAUCUCUCAUGCGACAGGAUCCUAAAUUAUUGCCAAGACGAGCGAGCUUACGGCCCCUUAAUCGCUACUAAUCUCUUAGCGAACGAUUAAGUGUGUGUGAAUGUAUCCUAGAACAAAUUAGAUCUCUCUUAAUUUAUUCUAUAAGCAAUUGUAAUUCUAGUGGCCAUCUAGGUUACAAGAGAUAUCAGUUAAAUUAUUCAAACACAAAUUAAACGGCAUUCAUGCAAUUAAACCGACAAGAAUCUAGCCAUCAAUCAUGAUUAACCCCUUCAUCAAUCCCAAAUCCCUAAUUAAAACUACUCACAAUUCAUAAUUGAAGAAUCAAUAGAAUUGGAAUAAAAAGAAUUAAUUGUCAUUAACUAAAAAGGUGGAACUUACAAAGAAUCCCAAAAGAUUGAUGAACAAGGCUGAAAAGCCCUCUAAAUUUCGUGCUAGGCACUCUCUCUAAGCUCCCCCCCUUGAAAACGGGGGUUUACAGGCUGUUUAAAUAGAAAAAUCGGGUGAAAUUUGAGCUGAAUUAGGAUUUUCGGAGCCAGACACGAUGACAGGCACGAUCGUGUCUUCGAUCGUGCCUCCGGAGCAAAAACGCGCAUUUUGGGCAGGCACGAUCGUGCCUCCCUCCAGGCACGAUCGUGCCUGGCUGGCAGUAACUCCUCCGUGUUUUUCUCUUCAGGCACGAUCGUGUCUGACUUUGAGGGCACGAUCGUGCCUACUUAACUUCCGAAUUUGACAAAACUUCCUUCAUGAACGUUGUAGAUAUUGAAGUCCUCUAUCCACCCCAAUUUGCCGAAUGUGAUUUGAAUCAUCCAAUCAAGAGAUGUGAUCAAAACGGUGGAAGGUGUUCUUCUGAAAACGCAGAAGAGAUCAUCUGACUUCAUCGUCUGUUUUCACCUUCUUCCUCUCAGAUUCUCGCAAAGGUUUCUUCAUAUGAUUUGUAGCUCUUGAAGUUGGCUUUCAUAUGCAACUUGAAUCGUGUCCAUUGGUUCUUCCUACAAAGAGAUAUGCUUGAACAAUUGACAGAAGGUCAUUCUGAUCGUCGUUUUCAAGCUUCAUUCAUCUUCUUUUGAUCCCGAAGCCAAUCCUAGAGCUCUUUUUUCCUUCAAAUCUUCAUCGUGAAUCUUCCGGUGACCUCCAAAGCUAUCAAAUCAUUCUCAAAUGCUCCUCAAAUCAUCCCGAUUGUUCCUCAAGUGCCGGUACCGGGCUCAAAUUCCCUGAUUUUGACUACAAACAACACAAAACUCGAACCAAUGCCCGAUAAACAUAACUUGAGCUAAAAUUGAGACUUGCAACACCUUAAAGCUAGGGAAAACCAUCAAAACCGAUCCCAACACGCAUCAAAUACGUGUCAAAAUACGGACUUAUCAAAUUCCCCCACACUUAAGCCUUUGCUUGUCCUCAAGCAAACUGAACAACGGGACUAACGAUAAUCACCACACAGAAUUAAAAUAAUUAGCAUGCACACGUAGUUAUAGGGAUACUCACAGAACAGACAGUCUAAACCAAGAAAAUUCAACCCUAAACUACAUCUUUGUACUCAAGCUAAACUAUUUGACAAAAUUAUUCACAACAUCCUCAAAGUAGUGACAGCACACACAAAUAAACUAGCUACCGAUCAGAAGGACUUAUGAAAAUGGUGGUGAAGGGUGAAUGGUAACAAUAAUAGUCCCUUUGUUUUGAGAGAUUGGAAUAUUCUAUCAAAGACUCAAUGUAUUCAGGAACUUCAGGGCUAUUCUUAGGAUCAAGGAACUUAGUAGGCCACAAUUUAGGAACAAUCCUUUAAACCUAUGCAAAGAAUAGACAUGGUGUACAACUAAGCUAAACCGUCUCGGCACAUUUGUGCUUUGACGUAUACUUGAAGUACGUGGAGGACUAAAGCUAAAUUUUGAGAUAGCCUCCAAGUUCAUUUAAUUAUGUUUAGUUUUCCUUGUCAUGUUGGCACGAGAACGCCGUUUCUUUCGAAAGAUACCCAAGUCUCAUCUUAUGCUUUUUGACCGGGGCUCCCAUUCUCUUUUUCGAAAAGUAAGAGGUCUAGCUAAAUUAAUUUUUCACCUUUCGGAUUCUCACUAGACAUUACCCCAUUCUAAUCUCGGCCUCACCAAGGAAAAAUUGCAAUUAAAGUUCAUUAAUUUAAAGUGAAUCCAUGCCUACAAUGCAAUCCUCGAAAGUAUCAAAUUCCUAAAAGAUGACUGUCCUUACCCCAUUUGGGGCAUGAGAACAGUGCCAAAAUUGGCUCCUACACAAAUUCCCUAAACUUAGCAAAUUAAUCCCUUAGUUCCCUAAACAUCAAAACUAUGUCAGAAAUAUUCACGGGUAAGGAAACACGGUCCAUUUGGCUAUGGAGCUCAAUUAAUCGGGUAACAAUAAACGGUCAGGCUCAAAAUGGCUUCUCCUAAAGGGUCUUAUUUAGGUGGGGUAGAUGAUUAAUGGAAAAUUCAAUGGGUGACUAAUGCCUUCCUCCUUUCAACAACUAGAUUAUAGUGCAAGCAAUUUAAGCCUAAACACUUCAAAGAUGUUCUAAAAGCAUAGUCAAAACGCUAGCCAGCUCACAAAGACACAGUUUAAAGAAAAAUUUUCAAAAAUUUUGCAUGAAUUUCCUAUGAAUAUACAACUAACACCUGCACAUGCUAACUCUAAUAAAUCUCAUGUAACAACCACUGCCCGAAUGCCCAAUUCACUCCCCCACACUUAAACUUUGGCAUCGCCCUCGAUGACCAAAAAUGCACUAUGCACAAGGGGGGUAAAGGGGAAAGGGUCACGCAUGCUCAACUUAACUCAAGUCAAUAUUUCAACAAGCGAGUAUUAGAGUCACAGAAACUUCCCUAAGGCGCUGGUCGGUGCAGAACUAAACUGAGUCAAUGUAAUCCUCGGCACAUCAUCCAUUCCACAAGACCCUGAGCUGCAACAAAAACACAAAGCAAAACAACCAAACAACAAACAAAGCAAAAGUAAAAACAAAAGCAGAAAUAAGCUCGGGUUGCCUCCCGAGAAGCGCUAUUUUUAACGUCGUUUGCCCGACACAACUACCCCAUAGGCUCUCCAAUAGCAAAGACUGUAGUGGUGCACUUAUAGUCAACGUCUCCAGCUUCCUCUCAACAAAUGUCAUUAGGUGGCGCAGAUCUUUAAAUUUGUCAGCCCACGAAGGCAGCACAUGGUCUUCAUAACCCUCAUCAGCACAGAAGUGAAGUAUGAUACUCUCAUCCUCUUCAGGUGGACAGAAAACAUGAGUGAAAACUUUGAUUACCCUAGGUAUCACCGGAAGCUCAAAAGAUGUCUCAAAGCAAGGAGUAGGAGCAACACCGUACUCAAACUGCACCAUAGAAAAGUCCUCUUCUUCCUCACAGAUAUCAUGAACAUUCACAGCCUCUCCUCCGGACUCUGUAUCACUCCCCAUGAAUGCAUCCCAACUCUCGUUAACACCGUUCUCAUCAAGGUCUUCAAAAACAUCAGGAAGUGUAUCAUCCAUCAUAUUCCCACCUUCGCAGUCCGACUCACUCACAUGAUCAUCCCUAUUGGUCUCCUUAGGUUGGGCUUCUGUGUCGCUAGGAUGGGAUCUCUCGGACUCCUCAGAUAAAGCCUUUGCAAUCUGCCCCAAUUGAUUCUCCAUGUGUUGCAUCCUUGAGUCUGCUUGCUGUUGAAUUUGGAUUUGUUGUUGUUGAAUUUGCAUUUGUUGCUGUUGAAUUUGCAUUUGUUGCUGUAAUAAUUUCUUGAGUGUUUCUUCCAGGUAAGAUAGCUUCUCUGAAAUUAUCUCUUCCCAUUCGUCGUCUGAAUCCUGUGGCGCAUAGCUCGGCAAAGACGUAGGAGUGAUUGAAACAUUUGUCUUUGUGAGUUGUGGGGAGGACGAAGUGGGGUAUGCAGUUGCCCAGUAAGGAUGGUCGUAUGGAGGAAUGGGGCAAAGACAUGAAUGGUGACCACCUCCACAGAAGUUACAAAUGCUAUUUUUAGGAAAGUAAUCAACCAAUUCCUCGGGACUUUUAGUUUGAAUGAGAAAUUCCAUAAUGGAGCCUGGUUUUGUCCGAGGAUAUUGUGGAUAAGGAUAUUGAUUAGGAGAAUGAGAUUGAGAGUAUUGCGUAUUUGGAAGAGGGUAAGAAUAGGAAGAUGAGAAAUUUUGUGGUGUAGGACAAUAAUUUUUAUGAGAUGUGUAAUAUUGAGGAGGAGGAGGAGGAGAGGGAGGAGGAGUGUAAGGAGGGUAUGGUGUAUAUGUUGAAUAUUCCAUGGAGGUUUGAGGGUAAGGAAUUCCUUCAGGAAUUUGGCUGAAUAGGUUCAUCUCAUGCCUCUUAGAAAAAUACCUGAAAGGUUAGCACAGAAAAAUCCUACGGAAAACAAAAAGAAAACUAACUAAAAAAAAUCUCGCUAAAAUUAAUUAACCCUUAAAACCGACACCGUCCCCGGCAACGGCGCCAAAAACUGAUGUGAGUUUUCUCGCACUUAAAAUGGUUGUAGAAAAGUGGUGUAAGUACGAGUAUCGUCUCCACAGGGACGGACAAAAGGGAAUUAAGAAUUAACUAAAUUCAGCGAUUAAAAAGAAAAUAAAAUAAAAGCGUCGUGCGAGAUUGGUUGGUUUGGAAAAUAAAACUAAUGCGAACAAUUAACCUAGGGGGUUCUUUCUAAUUAAUGACGAAGGGAAUAGGGAUCGAUUCCGGGGUAACCAGAUUUCUGGCAGAUCAGGCCUAAUUACAUGAAAUUAAUUUAAUUGAGCCUAGCUAAUCAUUACUAAGUUCUUACCGCUCUCGCGGCGUAGAGUACAAUAAUUUAGGGGACCAGGCUGAUCUCUCAUGCGACAGGAUCCUAAAUUAUUGCCAAGACGAGCGAGCUUACGGCCCCUUAAUCGCUACUAAUCUCUUAGCGAACGAUUAAGUGUGUGUGAAUGUGUCCUAGAACAAAUUAGAUCUCUCUUAAUUUAUUCUAUAAGCAAUUGUAAUUCUAGUGGCCAUCUAGGUUACAAGAGAUAUCAGUUAAAUUAUUCAAACACAAAUUAAACGGCAUUCAUGCAAUUAAACCGACAAGAAUCUAGCCAUCAAUCAUGAUUAACCCCUUCAUCAAUCCCAAAUCCCUAAUUAAAACUACUCACAAUUCAUAAUUGAAGAAUCAAUAGAAUUGGAAUAAAAAGAAUUAAUUGUCAUUAACUAAAAAGGUGGAACUUACAAAGAAUCCCAAAAGAUUGAUGAACAAGGCUGAAAAGCCCUCUAAAUUUCGUGCUAGGCACUCUCUCUAAGCUCCCCCCUUGAAAACGGGGGUUUACAGGCUGUUUAAAUAGAAAAAUCGGGUGAAAUUUGAGCUGAAUUAGGAUUUUCGGAGCCAGACACGAUGCCAGGCACGAUCGUGUCUUCGAUCGUGCCUCCGGAGCAAAAACGCGCAUUUUGGGCAGGCACGAUCGUGCCUCCCUCCAGGCACGAUCGUGCCUGGCUGGCAGUAACUCCUCCGUGUUUUUCUCUUCAGGCACGAUCGUGUCUGACUUUGAGGGCACGAUCGUGCCUACUUAACUUCCGAAUUUGACAAAACUUCCUUCAUGAACGUUGUAGAUAUUGAAGUCCUCUAUCCACCCCAAUUUGCCGAAUGUGAUUUGAAUCAUCCAAUCAAGAGAUAUGAUCAAAACGGUGGAAGGUGUUCUUCUGAAAACGCAGCAGAGAUCAUCUGACUUCAUCGUCUGUUUUCACCUUCUUCCUCUCAGAUUCUCGCAAAGGUUUCUUCAUAUGAUUUGUAGCUCUUGAAGUUGGCUUUCAUAUGCAACUUGAAUCGUGUCCAUUGGUUCUUCCUACAAAGAGAUAUGCUUGAACAAUUGACAGAAGGUCAUUCUGAUCGUCGUUUUCAAGCUUCAUUCAUCUUCUUUUGAUCCCGAAGCCAAUCCUAGAGCUCUUUUUUCCUUCAAAUCUUCAUCGUGAAUCUUCCGGUGACCUCCAAAGCUAUCAAAUCAUUCUCAAAUGCUCCUCAAAUCAUCCCGAUUGUUCCUCAAGUGCCGGUACCGGGCUCAAAUUCCCUGAUUUUGACUACAAACAACACAAAACUCGAACCAAUGCCCGAUAAACAUAACUUGAGCUAAAAUUGAGACUUGCAACACCUUAAAGCUAGGGAAAACCAUCAAAACCGAUCCCAACACGCAUCAAAUAUAGGCCUGGGAUCGGUUCGGUUCUUGUUAAAAUUCGAUGGAACCGUAUAAAAAUUGUAGGGUUUAAAUUCGGUUCGGUUCUAGUUAAAAAAAUGGUUGUUAAAUUCGGUUCGGUUCUACUUAAAUUCGGUUCGGUUCUUACCUUUUUUCGGUUCCUUAUAAAAAUUUUACUAUCCUCCUGAAAUGAACACAUUUUACCUUCAGUUAAAUAAAAAAAUUCAAACUUUAAAUCAUUAAAUAAUGACCAUUACAUUAUACGUGCAUGAUAUCUCAAUGUUCAAAUAAAAAAAUAUAUAUAUCCAAGUGCAACAUUAAAUUUCAACAUAACAAAAAUCUCGGUUUAAAAUAGGCAUCAACAGUCGAGCAAAAAGGUUUGAUAUCUCCAAAGUACACAUUUAAUAGCUGGUAGUUCAACCUCAAAAUAAUAUUCUUCUACUAGUAAUGCACAAUAGGUAAAAUGUACGUAGUAAUAAACAACGUAAUCAAUAGAAUAUUAAUUCCUUUUUCAGAUGAACUCCAAUACAUUUACAUUUACAAACAAAAAAUAAAUAUAAAAGUGGACUAAAGUAUUCAAAUAAUUACUUGGAUUGGUCUGGUCCACAAUAUAUAAGGUAUAUUAUGCAAGAAAAUAUUCUUGACAAAUAAUUACCCGGAUUGGCCCGGAACGCCGUCUGGCCAUCUCCAUUUGAGGUUCUUCCGUGUAGAAUUUUUUGAUAAAAUUUUGUGAGUAUGUUCUACAUGAAAUAUAGAUGAUAUAUACCAAAUUUCAGCUUAACAUUCAAUCGGGAAGUGAAUUAAAUAAAAUAUUGAAAAACAUUGCGUUUUUAUAUAUGUUGGCGUACUGUUUUUCAAUAAUUUAUUUAACUGACUUCCCGAUUACAUUUUAAGCUCAAAUUUGGUGGACAUAAUCUUUAUUUCAUGAAAAACAUUCUCACCAAAUUUCAUCAAAAAAUUCCACUCAGAAGCACUUCAAAUGAAGAUUACUCAUACAAUGUAUAAGAAGUUCGGUUCCUGGCUAGGAACCGGAACCGAACUGGAACCGAACCGGAACCGAACCGAUGAAAUACUAUAGGAACCGAACCGAAAAAAGCUCAAGUCCAAAACUCUAGGAACCGAACCGAACCGGAAAUUUCGGUUCGGUUCGGAUCGGUUUUCCGGUUUUACGGUUCCAAGUCCCACCCCUAAUCAAAUACGUGUCAAAAUACGGACUUAUCAAACAUGGAGUUGCAAACAAUAAUUGGGUUAAGAAAGUUUAUGACAUGAAGACGAUGUGGGCAAGUGCAUAUAUGCGUGACAAGUUUUUUGCCAGUAUUCGGACAACGUCCAUCUGUGAAGUAAUUAAUUCAUUCAUUAAGCGGUAUGUGCAGAACAAAAACAACCUUGUUGAUUUUAUGCAUAAUUUUGAAAGAGCCGUAAAAGAGUAUAGACACAAUGAAUUAAUUUCUGAUUUUAAAUCCUUGUAUACUGACCCUCUAUUGACCUCUCCUCUACAUGUCUAUGAGUCGUGGGCUUCACAAGUCUUUACAAGGAAUAAAUUUUGGGAGGUUAGGAAACAAAUUGAGAAUGUUGCUAGACUUAAUUUAGUUGAAAGGGUUGAGCAUGGUGGUGAUAAUACUUGUUUCAGAAUGAAUAAAUUCGGCAGUACUGAUACCGAGUUCCUUGUUAUGUAUGAUAAGGGUGGCUGUAAUUUUGUGUGUGAUUGUCGAUUUUACGAGUCUCGUGGUAUUCCUUGUGCACACAUAUUUUGCGCUAUGAGGCAUGAAAAUAUUGAUUCAGUUCCGAGUAGUCUUAUUUGCCAAAGAUGGACAAAAAAAGCUAAACUUGAUUCCAUGUCCUCAAUUAAUGGUAAUGGUGACGAUUCUGAAUUAUCCAACUUGGACAUGUUGAGGUCUGGUGCUAUCUCUGCGGCAUGUAACAGGUUAUAUAGAGCAGCUUGUAAAAAACCAUCACUUUAUUCUGAGUUCAUUGUCGACAUUCAGAGCUUGAUAGGCAAAUUUGAAAAGCGUGGUGGUGAUGCACUUAAUCUGAAUAAUGGCUCUAAGGUUCUUGAUCCAACAAUUGUGAAGACUAAAGGUGCUCCUCGUAAGGAGAGAAAUACUAGAAAGAGGAGAAGAUGCGGACAUUGUCAGCGACAUGGUCAUACGAAACGCAAGUGUCCUACGUUGAUCAAUCGUGAUCAACUACAUGUGCUUGAGGAGGAGGAGGUGGAGGGAAACGACGAGUCAUCUGAGCAAUCUGAUGAUACCGGCACCACUAAUAAUGGCAAUGCUCAUAUGCUUGGAAGUAAAGGAAACAAAAAUAAAAAGAAGAGGAAAAACACAGAAGAUCCUGCUAGAUGUGCAAACACUAAUGAUGAUGCUGAUAGAGGGAAUAAUAGUCAUAUCAAUUUACCAGUGACUAAUGCUAAUGAUGAACUUGCAAAUGGCAUAAUGCUUGCACAAGAUCGUCAUCACCAAGGAGGACAUAUACAAAUGCCUGGUUAUAACAACAUACCAACACAUCAUACUAAUUACAAUGGUUAUAUGACAUCCAAUUGGCAAUUUUAUCCUCAAUAUCCGGCUCAGCCUGCUGCAAUGUUUCAUGCACAAACAUAUGGAGGAUUGCAUCAGGGAUAUCCUUACCAUGGAUAUCAUAAUUCGUUUGUGAGUACUCUAAAGGAGGUUGAAAGAAAUGCAAAAGAUGGAAUAAAGAAUGGAAAAGGAGGUUGAAUCCAUUGAUAUGUUGAUUCUAUACCUAGAAGAUUAUGAAGAUGGAUCGAUGUAGCAUUACUGAUAUUGUUGACAUUUUAAAAUUUGAUGAUUCUGCUUCCAGUUAUACCACUGAUGUUUUGGCUUCUAUGAGAAAUUUCUUCGGGAGUUCAUAAAGGCUCGAUCUUGAUGAGUUUAAUGGCUGGGGAAUGGCGGGGAGUGGGUAGCUUGUAGUAGCUUUAGGUUGAGAAUACAUGAGUUAUUACAUAUUCAAUUUAGUUGUAAUGUUCUGGUUUUGCACUGCAUAGAAGCAAAGCAUCUACCUCCCCUUGCACAUUUGCUUUGUUUUACCCAGUGGGUCCCAUAUUUUUCUUUGCUUGCAAUUAAUAAUUUCCCAAUUCCCCUUUCCCCUCUCUGAUAGAUCCAACCCAAGAACUCA